GGGACCACCGAGUGAUUGCUAGUGGCAGCGUUCCUGGCGGGCGGGUGGUUCCCGGCCGUGGGCGCCUUGAAGGAGUGGCUGCGGGGUCGGGGGGACAGGUAGCCGCUGUAGUGCUGUGGGUCGGGACGGAGGUGCCUGUGGCGCUGGCGGGACUGAAGCAAUUCAGGGUCGGAGGGGUACCCGAUCCGAGUCAAUAAGCAAAGGGGCCAAAGUGCUUCUUGCUCCCCUCCAGCGGCCGCCAGGUUUCCGCUUAUGCCGGCCUGUAAACAUGUGAUCUGGUAGCGCCUUGUUGGGGAGGAGAGACAAAAACAAAACAACAACAAAGAAGAGUUAACAGCUGUUGAGUGUGCGGGGGACAGUUGCAUAAUCCCGCGAAUAUCUUGUGCUGUAAGACACCAAAAUAUUGCAGACAUUUCUAUUUUUUCCUUGUCUAUCAGACUGCAAUUUAAGUUAGGAAACAGGUUAUUCUCAAGAUAAGAUAUCUUUAGCACUCUAAGACAAUAUGCCGUACUAGAGGUCUUGCAGGUGCUACUUCAAAAAGCAUCUUCAUUGCGGGGGGGGGGGGGGGGGGCGCAUGUUGCACAGAGGUAUAGUCCUUGCCUGACAAGGUUCUAGUCUCCAUACCCACCAUCCCCCAAAACACAAGUAUGUGUCUUCACUGGAUUUCGCUACACUUUUGUAAUGUAGCUUCCUGAAGCUACAGAAAACUAAAGGACAAAUCGGCUUGGACACAUUCAAGGAUAUAGGUGUGAGAAAGAAUUGAACUGGAAAUUUGCCUUUGUUGGCCCGGAACAGUCUUCUGUCGGUAUGUCUUUUGUUGACAUUACCAAAGAAUUCUUUCGUAACUGUUUUAACCAUCCUUCCCACUUGUGUGGGUAACUACCCUACUUUCUGACUUUAUUCAGACUACUUCUGUUGGCUUUUGGGUGAUCUGUUUUGGUUUUGUUUUUAUUUUUAGAAUAGUUUGUUAGGGAACUGGAAAGAUGGCUCAGCAGUUAGAGCACUGGUUGCUCUUCCAGGGGACGAGGGUUCAGUUCCCAGCACCCACAUGGAAGCUUACAACCAUCCAUAACUCCAGCUCAAGAGAGCCAACACCCUCCCUACUCAGACACACCUGUGGUACACAGACAUACAUACAGGCAAACAUUCGUACAUAGAACAGAUUUUUUUUUUAAAAUCUAAAAUAGAAUGUUUUAUUUUGAAAAGUGUAAGGCAUCAGUAGGUCAAACCUAGGACUUGCAUUUUUUUGGUUGGUUGCUUGGUUUUCUUUGAGACAGGGUCUCAUGUAGCCCCAGCUGGCCUCUAUUUUGUAGCUGCAGGUGACUUAGUUCUCCUGACCUUCCUGCCUCCACCUCCUGAAUGCGUGGUAAGCAAGCAUUCUGUCCACUGAUUCACACCUCCUGCCCCCUUGGCUUCCCUCUUGGGUUAGAAUCGAAGUUUGACACUUUGCCACUGCUCUGGAUUCCCUGUCCCUGUCCUCCGUCAUCACAUCCUCCUUGGUGCCACAGACACGUGGCACCGGAAGUUGCACGCAAGGCCGAUUGCUCCGCCAGUUUGGUAGGGAUAUCUACCUUCCCGGCCGUCCUGUCUGUUCCACUAGGAGCCUCGUGCCCCACAAAGCUUAAUUUCCCACAAAUGAGAAAUACACUUCUUAACACGUGAGCUCGAUCUCCAGGAUCCAGAGAAGGCAGUGAUAGCAAUUCAGUUCCUGAAGUUUCUGUGUGCUGAGUAGUGUUCUGUGUACUUUGCGGUUCAUCUUCAUCGUUCUGUAACAGGAGCUCAAUACAGUAAGCGCUCGACGGUAAUGUGAACUAUUUGUUAGUAAACCAGCUCGGGGGAAGGAAGGUCCUAUGUUCUCCCUGUGCCUCUCUCACAUCCCUACUUCUGCAGGCCCUGGUCCUGCUUUUGCUAGAAUGGCUGUGCUCACACCCACCCCACCCCCGCAGCUACCUGGCAACUUCUGCCCGUUGAGGAAGCCUCUGUUAAAUAUCCCUCUUCCAAAAAAGACCUUUCCUGGCUCGUCUCCCGAGAUUCUCAGGCCUCCUUUCUCCCUUACAUAGGUACGUAGCACUUUAUUUGAUUAGAAAUGCUUUCUCAGAGCCAGCCAAUGAUGGCACUCGCCUCUCAUCCCAGAACUUGGAAAGCAGAGGCAGGCGGAUUGCUGAGUUCAGGACCAGCCUGGCCUAGAGCAAGAGUUCCAGGAUAGACAAGGCUACACAGAGAGACCCUGUCUUGAACCCCCUCCCCCAAGCAAACAAACAAACAAACAAACAGAAAGUGCUUUCUCAGGUAUGGAGAUGGGGACUAUGUGAAUGGACACUGUGAGUCCCUGUGGUUUUUAAUCCCCACAGCUCGGCUGAUAUGGAUAGUCUCAGGGAAGCCUGCAAUGUUAAACAGGCAGGGUUGUCUCGACAACAGAAGAUGUGUAUAACCUGUUUUCCACCCAGAAGGUUGGGAGUGGGUGUGGUUAAUAGUCUAGUGACCUGUGCUAUCUGUAGGGCCAGGCCACACCUGACUCCCCCAGACUUUUGUUUAUUCCAGACUCUUCCUCUCCAGAGCUUUAUCUCGGACAUUGUUUCUCAAUCGAUAAGAAUUCAUCUUUAUGGAAGAGAUCACAUGUACUUUGUAAUGCCAUAAGCUUCGUCAUGCACACGGGAUUGAGUUAAUUGUCGCCAGGAAACCUUUUUCCAAAAUUGUACUGUACUUAAAUGUGCCUAAAGCAAACGGUCCUUCCGGGCGGGGUUUGAACCAACACCAGCUGCUGAACUGCGUGCAUUAAGCCAGAUUUCCUUCUUGCCUCACUUGUAUCAACACUCUGCGGGCUGUGUUGUUGGCAGAGAACCCCACAAUCAACGCUCAAUAUGAGGGGCUCAACCAUCAGAGAUGCUCCAGUGUGCUGCUCUGCUCGGUACAACUUAGCGAUUUUGGCGUUCUGUGGUUUCUUCGUUCUCUAUGCCUUACGGGUGAACCUGAGUGUUGCGUUAGUGGACAUGGUAGAUUCAAAUACAACUCUGACUGAUAAUAGAACGUCUAAGGAGUGUGCGGAACAUUCUGCCCCCAUAAAAGUUCACCACAAUCACACAGGUAAAAAGUACAAGUGGGAUGCAGAAACUCAAGGGUGGAUUCUCGGCUCUUUUUUUUACGGCUACAUCGUCACCCAGAUUCCCGGUGGGUACAUUGCCAGCAGGGUCGGAGGGAAGCUGCUGCUGGGCCUGGGCAUCUUAGGCACCUCCGUCUUCACCCUGUUCACACCGCUGGCCGCAGACUUAGGCGUGGUGACUCUCGUUGUGCUUAGAGCGCUGGAAGGACUGGGAGAGGGUGUUACGUUUCCAGCUAUGCACGCCAUGUGGUCUUCCUGGGCUCCCCCUCUGGAAAGAAGCAAGCUUCUUACCAUUUCCUAUGCGGGAGCACAGCUUGGGACAGUGAUCUCACUUCCUCUUUCCGGAAUAAUAUGCUACUAUAUGAACUGGACUUACGUCUUCUAUCUUUUUGGUAUAGUUGGAAUUGUCUGGUUUAUUUUAUGGAUGUGGAUAGUCAGUGAUACACCAGAAACUCACAAGACAAUCUCCCAUUAUGAAAAAGAAUACAUUGUUUCAUCAUUAAAAAAUCAGCUUUCUUCGCAGAAGGUGGUGCCGUGGGGGUCCAUCUUGAAGUCACUGCCACUUUGGGCAAUUGUGGUAGCACAUUUCUCCUACAACUGGUCUUUUUACACCUUAUUGACGCUACUGCCAACUUAUAUGAAGGAAAUCCUAAGGUUCAAUGUUCAAGAGAACGGGUUUUUAUCUGCAUUGCCUUAUUUUGGCUGUUGGUUAUGCAUGAUCCUCUGUGGUCAAGCCGCUGACUAUUUAAGGGUCAAGUGGAACUUUUCAACUAUAAGCGUUCGGAGAAUUUUUAGCCUCGUAGGAAUGGUUGGCCCUGCGGUUUUCCUAGUCGCGGCUGGAUUUAUAGGCUGUGACUAUUCCUUGGCCGUUGCGUUCCUAACCAUAUCCACGACGCUGGGAGGCUUCGCCUCUUCUGGAUUUAGCAUCAACCAUCUGGAUAUCGCUCCUUCGUAUGCUGGCAUCCUCUUGGGCAUCACAAACACGUUUGCCACUAUUCCCGGGAUGACGGGACCCAUCAUUGCUAAAAGUCUGACCCCUGAUAACACUAUUAGGGAAUGGCAGACUGUCUUCUGUAUCGCUGCUGCUAUUAACGUGUUUGGGGCCAUUUUCUUCACGCUGUUUGCCAAAGGGGAAGUGCAGAGCUGGGCUCUCAGUGACCACCACGGACACAGAAACUGAAGACAACAAACAAUAAUUAAUGUGUUUUUAUUUAUCAUGGAAACUGAAAGUGCCUUUGGUAUUUGAAUGUGCAAGCAUUCUAUGUGAGAGAAAAAAAGUACUUAUAUUUGUAUGGUAAUCAUGAAAUGUUACUAGUUCCAAGAUCAUAUAAAAUGAGCUGUUGGGCUGGACAGAUGGCUCAGUGGUUACGAGCACUGAUUGCUCUUGGAGAGGUCCUGAGUUCAAUUCCCAGCAACCACAUGGUGGCUCAUAACCAUCUGUAAUGGGAUCAGAUGCCCUCUUCUGGUGUGUCUGAAGACAGAGACAGUGUACUCACACACAUUAAAUAAAUAAAUAAAUCUUUAAAAAAAAAGAAGAAGAAGAGGCUGGUCCUCUUUUAAAAAAAUAAAUAAAAAAUAAAAUGAGCUGUUUUUAAUUAUUACUAGUAUAUCUGCCAGGCCGUAUACUGGGUUCACAUAUCAGGCUGCAGGAAAGGCAGUAUGAUAUAAGGUAAGGGCAUAGGAAAUGAAGCUGAAAUGGACACACACACACACACACACACUGAUAAACUUGGUUAAUUAAAUCAGAUAAAUCAUUUCAGAUCUUAUUAAAAUACCUGCUUUUGUCUACUUCCCUUAUAAAAAUGCUUGCCAACUCUCCCUGACACCUAGACCUCAAUAACGUCUCCAAAGAACUGCCAGCCACAGUAAGAGUCGGCAGCCUGGCAGCGGUACUGGGGGAUCCGUGCCCAGGCAGCUGUCAAGCAUUCCCUCCCUGGCUGCAGGGCAGGAAUGCCCAGCACUUACCAGGGAUGGUGGCUUCCAAGUGCAGGGCCAAUGACAAGUGUUUGGCUGACACUCUUUCCCCCAUGGCUGUUAAUGUGCAGAUAAAGCUCUAAGUGGACUGGAGCAGUGGGAGCCAUAGCUACUGUCUUGACACUGCCAGCCUGCCUCGGCAGCACCCGGGCCCGACUCCUGGCAGGUGAUCUACAAAGCAGAAGCGUGGUACCCAGUCAGUCACAGAGAAUAGCAUCCUUGAUUCACAUCACUGGCCCAUGAAUUGGAGAACACAUUUUCACAUUCAGGUUUUUCUAGCUACAUUAGAACUUUUUUAAAUGUCUUACAUUUCUUCCCUUCAGUCUGUCUUGAUUUAUGCUUCUGGUUACAGUUUAAAGGGACUUUCAGGGCCAGGGGUUUGGCUCAGUGGUAGAGCAUUUACAUAGGAUUGUGCUCCAUUCAACACCAAAAUAGAGGUAAAAGGCAGGGCACCCAAAGCUUGUCAGUCCCCUUUACCCUGCUUCCUGACCAGUGUCUCCCAGUGGUUAGGCACACUGUAAGAGGUCCCUAGUCUGUGUGGUGGUACCUUUAAUGCCAGCACUUGGGAGGCAGAAGCAGGCAGAUCUUUGCGACUUCGAGGCCAGUCUGGUCUGCAAAGGGGCUUCCAGGACAGCCGGGGCUAUAACUCAAAAACAAAAACAAAAAGAUUAUCCAAGGAUUGAAAGCCUGCCUUAUGUUUUGUUGUAUCUGUUCAACACUUAUCUAUAACAUUUUAACUAAUGAUUGGUUAAUGUACUGUUGUGUAAAUACAGUUAUAUAAAUUUGUUUUUAAUUUGUAAAUAUAAAUUAAGUUGCCAUGUGACAUUUCUUUUAUAAAUCAUCAAAAUCCUUUUGCAUUAAAUUUUUGUGUUUUUAUUUUA